AUGGAGAAAGAAUUGUUAGUACACGACAGCCACGACCACAAACAUGAUGACCACCACGACCACGACCACGACCAUCACAACCACAACCACUCGCAUGAUGAUGAUGGGCAUGCUAGUCGAAGCCAUAGCCAUGGAGGCUCCUGCUGCACCGACAAGACUACAGCAGUUCAGUACAACGAGGAAAUAGACAUGGAGAAGGCCACCGAACACGAGCUGGUCUCUAUCGCCAUUGCCGGUAUGGAUUGCACCAGUUGCGCUGAUAAGCUGUCACGAAUACUCGUUGCGAUCCCUGGUGUCUCCCAGGCUCGGGUCAAUUUCAUUGCUGGCCGCGCCGACUUCACAAUUGACAAUAAGUUGACCACCGCCGAUCAGGUUGUACGUUCAGCAGCGUCUGGCUCCGGGUUCCGACUAACCCGCAUCCUCGGGGGCGAGUUCUUCAUCGAUGUCCAUGUCGAUCCUCAGAAUGGCAAGGCGCUCGCCCGGGAGCCUCCGCAAGGAGUAGUGGAUGUCCAUGUGCUUGACAAGAAAACCCUUCGCUUAGUGUAUGAUCCGAGAGUUAUUGGCGCCAGGGCCCUGUUCAACUCAAUAGCUGCCAAUACGCAGGGCCUUGCUCCUCCGCGUCCAGACAGCCAACUCGAAACCACCCGACGUAGGCUGGACGACCAGUCGAUAAAGACAGCGCUUGCUGCUAUUUUCACGAUCCCGGUUCUUGUCCUAGCCUGGCGGCACGGCCUGGUUGAAGACAGAAAGAAGGCUAUCGUUUCAUUCGUUCUGGGUUCUAUCGUGCAAGCUAUCGCCGUGCCCGAAUUUUAUCGCCCGGCUCUGUCGACUUUAUUUUACAGCUAUGUCGUCGAGAUGGACAUGCUAGUGGUUAUCAGUAUAACGGCCGCCUACGUCUACUCUGUCGUGGCAUUCGCUUUCAAGAUGUCUGGCAAAUCCCUCGGCAACGACCUCUUCGAAACCAGCACGCUACUUAUCACGUUGAUUCUCCUCGGCCGACUCAUUGCCACAGUUGCCCGCGUCAGGGCCAUUUCAGCGGUUUCGGUCAGAUCAAUGCAGCCAACUAAAGCCAUUCUGGUAGAGAAAGGCCGUGAUAGUGAAAUUGAUGCCCGACUUCUACAAUAUGGCGACCAGUUUAGACUUCUCCCUCAUUCUCGUGUCCCCACGGAUGGGACUGUGCUGGAAGGAUCUACUGAGAUAGACGAAUCGAUGCUCACUGGUGAACCGAUGCCAGUUCUCAAACAGACGGGUGAUGCUGUUAUUGCUGGAACUGCGAACGGGGACGGCACGGUGCUCGUCCAGCUAGACCGGCUUCCAGGAAGGAAUACAGUCACUGAUAUCGCGCAGCUUGUGGACGACGCAGCAAAUUCCAAGCCCAAGAUCCAAGACUUGGCAAACAAAAUAGCCGGCUGGUUUGUCCCGGCUGUCUCAAGUAUAGCGGUGAUCGUCCUGGCUGUGUGGCUUGGUAUCGGCGUCAAGAUAUUCCACCAUACGCCUGGACAAGCUGUGCUCGAAGCCGUCACCUACUUUGUUGCAACUUUGGCUGUAGCGUGUCCAUGUGCCCUUGGGCUCGCUGUGCCAAUGGUCCUCGUGGUUGCUGGUGGUAUUGCUGCCCGCGGCGGUGUCGUGAUCAAAUCAGCGGAAACGACCGAAAGGGCCCGGAAAGCGACUGAUAUUAUAUUUGACAAAACGGGAACUAUUACAGAGUGUGAGCUUGAGGUAGUUGAUGAGAGGUAUUUGACGAACGAGACCGAAUACGUUGCUGCUCUGGCCUUGGCCUUGGUCGCCAACGGCAAGCAUCCUGUUUCUGCCGGAGUGGCCAAGCAUCUCCUGACGAUAUUAAAAGAGAAGGACUCAACAAGCCUGCUGGAGCUAUCUGAUGUUCGUACCAUCCCUGGGGCAGGCAUCGAAGCAAGUCUUGAUGACAAGCUAGUGAGAGCUGGGAGUGCUCGAUGGACCGGAACGGACUCGCACCUUGUGGUCCAGGCCUUGGAGGGAGACGGGCUUACGACGUUUGUCAUUACAGUGGAAUCAGAGCCCCUGGCAGUUUUCGGUUUACGUACACAGAUGCGGCCCGAAGCACGUCGAGUCAUCAGCCAACUGCUAGCACGUGGUCUAAAUGUGCAUCUCGUGUCAGGAGACCAGGGGCUAGCUGUCAAAACCGUCGCCAGGGCCGUCGGGAUCCCAGAAGAGCAUGUUGCAGCCGAGUGCACACCGAAACAGAAGCGCGACUACGUGGCUUCGCUAAUGCAAGAUAGUGGCCGCUAUGUCGUAUUCUGCGGCGACGGGACCAAUGAUGCCAUUGCCGUUGGUCAAGCUCACGUUGGCAUCCAGGUUGGGGGCUCACUGACAACCAGUGAUGUGACCCAAACGGCCGCUGACGUCGUUAUUCUCAACGGAUUGGAAGGCGUAUUGUUUCUUCUCAACGUGAGCCAAGUGGCGUUCCGGCGAAUGAUCUUCAACUUUGUCUGGUCUGCCAUCUACAAUGUCUUUGCCAUCACGAUGGCCAGUGGUGCGUGGGUGAAGUUCCGGAUACCUCCGGCCUAUGCAGGGCUCGGCGAAUUCGUAAGCGUUCUGCCUGUGAUUGCAGCUUCCGUGAGCAUGCUGUUACUUAACCUGAGGCCAGUUACUGCCCGCCGCCGCGACGGUUAG